AUGUCAAGCUCUGCAGAGCUGCAACGCGAACGCGAGGUGCAGACUUACUUCCAGAGCUGGCAAAUAGCACAAGGCUCUUCUCUCAAAGUCGCCCGAAAUGUUGAUGGAAUCUCUGCGCCCUCCCAAAUCAAUGACGCAAAUGCGCCUCAGCCUUCAUCCGACAAGGCUCUCUCUGCCUUUGCCCAACUGGCUGUUUUCCGACUCAACGUGAAGCGCGCUAUGGUCUCGCUCAUUGAUACGAACAACCAGUACAUCCUCGCCGAAGCCACGCGCAAUUUGCGACUGGGAACAUUGGCAGAAGAUCCUACCGACGCCGACACCGACACCGACAACAAAAGAACAUCUAGCAUUUCCGAAUACAACAGCGAACUGUGGUUAGGAACAUCGAUCCUCUCCCGCCCAGACGCCGUUUGCGAACAUUGUCUCAACAACUCCUGCACUGGUCGCGAUCCAGACGGAACAACAUACACAGCCUCCGGUCUAAUCGUACCCGAUUGCCGUCUCGAUGAUCGUUUCAAGUCCCGAGUAUACGUACAGUCAGAACCGGGAGUGCGCUUCUACGCCGGCGUACCCAUCUUUUCGAGGAAGGGUUACAAGAUCGGCGCAUACGCCGUCUCGGACGAACGACCCCGCGAUGGCUUGACGGUAGAGGACGUCAAGUUUAUGCAAAGCGUUGCGCAAGCGGUUACCGAACAUCUCGAAUGGGCGCGCGAUCGUGUUGACAGGUUUAAAGGUGAACGUAUUGUGCGUGGCCUGGCUACCUUUAUCGAGGGAUGUUCAAGCGACGACCCCGUCUUGUCAAAGGAUAAUCAGCCUCAACGCCCUUCGAUCAAACGACCACCAGGCAUGACAAUUUCAGCCACGCGACGCUCGUCACUCCAUAACACUAUGCGCAAAGUCGAUCCCGACUCUACUAGGCUGUCGCAGAAAGCCACAUCACCACCCCGCGCAACCAAGCCAAAAACGGAUGGGUUGUCCAGGAUGUAUCACCGAGCAGCAGACAACUUGCGAUCUUCAAUAUUAGCAGAUGGUGUUGUUCUUUUCGGCGCUACAGCCUCCAACAUCCAACACAUGAGUAAAACUGUUGAACCAGAGCACAGCGACAACACAAGCUCUGAAGACUUGCCAACACGGAUCGCGGCGGAGCCUGAUGGUUUUAGUACAGAAAGCUCUGACUCGGAAGCAUCACCAAACUCCAGGCCGUGUAAGUUGCUUGCAUAUUCGCUUGCUGACAAGACCCAGCCUAUGGAUCUCGAGAAAGGCCCGUCAUUCUCGAUUGGAACGCUGGAGAAAUACUUUUCCCGUUUCCCCAAAGGAAAGGCCUUUACAUUCACGGAGGAAGGGAUCGGUAUCUCUUCCGAUGAUGACAGUGCGAGCGAUGCGAGUUCAGUCCCGACAGCCGGAAGACAUAAACGUCACAGGAACAAGAACAAGGACAGAAUGGAUCACAAGGAGCUGCUCAAGAAGAUACCCGGAGCCAAGUCGAUCGUCUUUCUUCCGCUCUUUGACUACGUUGAGGAUAAACUGAUGGGUGGAUGUUUCCUUUGGACAUCAGCACCAGGCCGCAUGAUGAACUUGGACGAAGACUUGUCCUACCUCCGCGCCUUCGGCAACAGCAUCACGAGUCAAGUCGGGCGCAUUAACACGAGGAAGAACGAAGCGGCAAAGACUACUUUUAUUGCCAGUAUGAGCCACGAAUUACGAAGCCCUUUGCAUGGUAUUUUGGGUGCUGCCGAAUUUCUCAAGGACGCCGUGACCGAUUCGUAUGAAGUCGGCCUAGUUACCUCAAUCGCGACUUGUGGAAAGACACUCCUCGAUACGCUGAACCACGUGCUCGACUUUAGCAAGAUAAACAACCUUGGAAGCGGGCAGACGAGGAAGGGAAAGCACGCCAAGAUUAUUAGUUUGUCUUCCGAUUCAAUGGAAAGCUUGAAUAUGACUGCGGCGGUAGACCUGUCUGUCCUUGUUGAGGAGGUUGUUGAUGCUGUUGCCACCGGCCACAACUUCAAGAAACUCCCCAAAAAGUCGGCAGAACAAACAGGCGAAGCGAUACCCAGCGCAAAAGAACAAGUAGCCGAUGGCCUUGGAACUGAGCAUCCCGUAUCGAUUCUUUUGGAUAUAACCCCCAGAACAUCUUGGAUGGUCAAGACGCAACCUGGCGCCCUUCGAAGAAUUGUUAUGAACCUAUUUGCCAACGCUUUGAAGUACACCGCAAUAGGAUUUGUCUGCGUUUCGGUACGAGCCCAAGAGAUUAGUGACGACUCCAGGAUCGACGUCAUGAUCCGGGUUACCGAUACCGGGAAAGGCAUGUCCGAAGAAUUCCAACAGAACCGACUUUUUGUUCCCUUCAGCCAAGAAGACUCUUUCCAGCCUGGCACUGGCUUGGGAUUGAGUAUUGUCAAGCAGAUUGUGGAUUCGCUUGGAGGAACUCUCGAGGUCAAAUCGGAACAGGAUAAAGGCACUGAGAUUGAAGUUCGGUUGCGUCUGGACCCUGUUCCCGAAGAAGGCUCCAAGUCAGAAGAGCCUAUGCACACGGUGAAGCAAAAGCUUCAAGGACAGUCGUUGGUACUCUUGGAAGCAAGUGUGGAUUUCGAAACGGACAUCAUCUCCAAACAAGUCCAGGUGCGCAACGACGCCUUGAUUGAGAUUUUUUCAAACUGGUUCCACAUGAAGGCUGCGAGAGAAAUCGAUACCAACCCCCCAGAAGCCGACUUUUACUUGUACUGUGAGCCGCCAUCCGCCAAAACGUUGGAAAAGCGUUUCCAAGAUACAUUAAAGGAGGGUACAAGGAAUAAAAAGACACCCAUUAUCAUCAUCAGCUUGAACGAGGAAGAGGCGGCAAAGAUAUCAAGAGCUCAGACAACAGCUUUGGCCAAGUUGUCAGAUGUGGUUGAAGUAAUUCCACAACCAUGUGGCCCUAGAAAACUUGCACAAGUGUUUAGCCGCUGCUUGCAACGGCUCCAAGAAGUGAAAGAUGACGACGAUCAUGGCAAUCUAGUCCGAAGCGCUGCUACCGAUCAGAAGAAAAACCGGGGUCAGGACAAAUCUAAAAGAAGACACGGGGCAGAGCGUAUCAAUUCGACAUUGCACCGGAACGAGAAUAGUGAGUCAGAUUAUGCAUAUACAACUACGACACCACUGCCCGAAGAUGAAGAAAACCAGUCGGAAUCCAAAGGGGAUGGUUACAUCGGCGAGAAGAAAGGUCAAAAAAAUCAACACCAGCAAACGAAAAUUCACAGUAACUACAGAAAAAAGGAGGGGCCGAGGAACGAUGGCAAGCAUGAAGAGGGGAAGAUGGAGAAGAACUCUCACGAAGAGCGGGAAUACGGCCAGCCGGAUGGUCAAAGGCAAGACCGUAACGUCGCGCAGAAUGACAGGCCAGCACGGGAGUCACAAAAACCAAGCAAGCCAGAAAUGCCCAGCAAGGCCCACGUGUUGCUGGUCGACGACAACAAGAUCAAUCUCAAUCUCCUGACCAUGUUCAUGAAGAAGUAUGGUUUUACAUACGAGGAAGCGGAGAACGGAGAAGAGGCAGUCGAGACCUUCACGAAAUCGACCAUCGGCAAUGGCGAAACUCGGGGUCCUAUCAAGAAGCACUUUGAUUACAUCCUCAUGGACAUCAGUAUGCCCGUCAUGAACGGCAUCGAAGCGACAAAGAGGAUCCGAAAGGUCGAGGCAAAAUACAGGGUCCCUCGGACGACGGUGUUUGCGUUGACUGGUCUGGCGAGUGCGGAUGCAAAACUUGAUGCGAUAUCUGCUGGGGUGGAUUUGUUUUUGCCAAAGCCUGUCAAGUUUGCUGAGCUCAAGACUAUGAUUGAAAAUAACUAG